GGGGAUGGAUCGAAGAGCUUAACGCGGGAGGUGUGUCAGGCCCUGCGAGCACCGAUGUGCCGGUGGUCUUGGAGCUGUUUGUGGCCCUCGGGCUGAGUCCUGAGCUGCCCCUCCGGGCGGGGAUGGAGGUUUCCGGGGCUCCCCGUGAAGUUACCAUGUGUGCGAACAGCAAUAGAAAAGAGCCAGAGCUGCCUCGCCCCUGGAAAUCACCACUUCAAAGCAGCACUGGAGAGUUGUCAGCCUCCUCAGGCAGUUUGGAAGAUUCCUUUUUAUUAUUUUUAAAAAAGCAGCAGUCGCACCUCCUCCUCACACCUCCUCCCGCUGCUGCCACUGAAAAUAAAUGUGGGGGUGACAAUGUCUGUGAGGAAACCCAGCUGUCCUGGACUGACCCCCAGUUUGGGGAUGCCUGGCGGGGGUACCCAGGGGCACAUGGCACCCAGAGAAGCCUUCUGCUCCUUGCCUCCUCCGUCACACUCAUCUUGAACAGCCCCUCACCCAGACACCAGCACCCAGCUGGAUCUGUGCUGUCACGGUGUGGGGUUUUCCUUUGCAGGGCUCCAGGCCGUGUGCGUGGGCACCGUGGGGCUGGUGGGGGUGUGCAGUGAUGUGUGGUGUCCCCCAAUGAUAGCGAGCUCUUAUCAGCCUGCACCAAAGCAUGUUGUGCAAGUAAAGAUAACAGGGAUGCUGUGUGUGGCAGACAGCCCUGUUUGGACAGGAAAGGCUGGAAGGUGGCUUGUACUCAGUUUGUUGCCAUGAGGACGAAGUCUCAGGGUAGGAGCUGUGUGCUGCUGUCUUCCGCUUUGGGUUGUGUGCGCUAUUGAUAUCAAUGGGUGCUUGUGGGCAAGAGCAGCAAUGCUGCGACUCAGGUGGCUUUUGGUGGCUGUUUGUCCUGGUUUGCCUGUUACUUGGAGCUCAGAGCCUUCCUAUUCCAUCAUCUCAGGUAUCUGCAAGUUAGGAUUAAGUCAGAUUUUGGUGCAUGUGAUCUGGCUGUGACAGGGAUGUGGCAGCUUUUGUUGGUGCCCAUGGCACAAGGGGUAAAAGCUUGUGAGAACAGAGUGAUCAAAUGGCAGUGGUCAUGGGGAACUUAAAAAAGGCAUUACCAAACUGCUCCAAACGAUUCCUUGCCCCUGGAUUUCCUGCUGAAGGACUGUCAAGCACAGCACGCCGUGAGGCUGCUCCUGCCCUUUCCCUCUGGCUGCUCCUUGGGAGCAGGAGUGGGGCUGCUGUGCUGUGCUGUGCUGUGCUGUGCUGUGCUGUGCUGUGCUGAGCUGUGCUGAGCUGUGCCUUGUUCAGCCCUGUGGAUCUGCGACACUGCAACUCUCAAGUACUACAGAGCAAAUCCCCCUUGCCACUCCCUCACCUGCUGUGGGUGCUUUGCUGGUGUGGACCCUGAGUGGCUGCUGGUGUGAAGACGGCUGCUGCUGGGCUGAGUUCCACAUACAGUCAGGACAGAAGGUCAACCGACAAUUUAUUUAUUCAGCCAUUCAUUUGGUGUGGUGUAACUUGAGAAACUUGGGAUCUGGUCAGUUGAGACACUUUGUUUAAAUUUCAAACUGCUUUUUUUUUUUUUAAAGCUUCUUUUGAACAUCCGUGCUGUUAGCUGUUCCUGACGCACGUAUUAACCACCAAAAUGCACUGACUUUUCAACUGGAAAAUGUUAAAACAAGGCUUUUGAUUAACUUCUCAUUUUGGGAAUGGACUAAGAGGUGCCAGGAGGCCCUGCAGAGCCUUUCCUUGAAACCAUCAACCUUUAAAAAAACCCAGAAACUAACGACCCAAGCAGCUGUGGUCGGUGCCAAAGCCAUUGCUGUCCUCCAAGCACUGCCCACUCCAGGGCUCUGUGGUCUGGCUCUGGCAGUGCCGGGGGAGAAUAUGUGGUGCCCCCUCCCCGGUGCCUUUGAUGCUGGUGAGUGGCAGGUCCAUUGUGGCCCCUUUGUGCCCUCCUCAGUUCUCCUAGCCUGCACAAAACCUGCCAUGGAAACCAAACCCGGCCGCUGUCCCAGGAAACCCGGAGGUGCAAUUAGGAAAUGCAAAUAUGAAUGCAAAUUCCUUCCCUGCCUUCGCCCCGGGGCCACCAGCCAGUGUCCCUGCCUGUGGGCACCAGGAGGAGGAUGGGGCACAGGUCUGGGGGUAGUGCUGGUGGCCGUGGGGCACCUCGGGCUUUUCUCCCCUUUCCUCAAGGCUUCCCCAGCAUCUUGGGGGAAGAAUGGGGGCAUUUCAGCAGCUGGGAGCAGUGACUCAUAGGUGACAAUGUGAUAUUGAUUUUUUUUUUCCAUCCUCUCUUGGUUGCCCAGCGACAAACAAACAAACAAGUGUCUUAAAAUCCAAGCCAGCAGGAAGGGUGAAGCCCUGGUGGCUUCCCAGUGCCAUGCUGCCAUGUCCGUGCUGCAGGCAGGAUGCAUGGGCAGGGUGCUGUGCGGAGCUGCUGCUCCCACCUAGGCUGCUCCAUAGCCUGUCAUGCUUCUGGGCUGGGAGCUGCUGGGGCACCGUGGAGGUUUUGGCAUCUGUAGGACUGACCCUGGGAGCUGCCCUCCUUGGCAUUGGUGACAGUCCCACAGUGUGUUCGGCUGUGAAUGGCACUGCUCUCCUGUCUGGCUCCAGACAGGGUGGAUUUUGUCGACAUCUGGAGGUAUUUUACACAAAUGGAGCUGCUUCCUUUGCCCUGAAGGUGUUCACCCAGCACUUUGCCCCAUGGGUGCCUGACUGUACUCCCAUGUCUCUCUGACACCCCAUGCUUCCUCCCAGCCCUGUUCCAUUGAAUUGCUGGAAAAUGAGCUCCAGAUCCUGGAGGUGGCAUUUCUUCCUUCUCCUGACAUCUCGACCGUCCCUCCCCUCGCCUACAUUCUUGGGGCAGUAGUAGGGUAGUGAGGGAAAAAGAGUGGAUUGUCUACAGAAAAUGGAGCAGGGCACACCUGGGGCUCACUUUCUGUGAUGUUCCAACCCUGACCUGAUCUUAGUGUUUGACUCAGCUACAGAGCCCAUUCUAACAGUGUUUUUUCUCUCCCUCUCUGUUUCCAGGCGGCAGUGGAGCUCUGGCACGAGGACAGCGUGUGCAGGAGGUCCGGAGCUCAGCGGGAGUGCUGCAAGGUGCUGGGAUGCUGCAGCGUGCCGGGGGCUGACGCGUGGAGCUCUGGCUGUGGGGAGCAGUGCCCCCGCCGCCCACCCAUGCUCCCGGCCGGCAGCCGGGGCCUUGCCCCGUGACGAGGUGCCCCCCUCACCAGGACCGCCGCCAUGACGAGCCUCUUUCGGCGCAGCAGCAGCAAUGGCGGCUCACGCGGCGGCUCCUCGGCGCAGGAGCUCAACAACAGCCGCCCUGCCAGGCAGGUGCGCCGGCUGGAGUUCAACCAGGCCAUGGAGGACUUCAAGACCAUGUUCCCCAAUAUGGACUACGACAUCAUCGAGUGUGUUUUGAGGGCCAACAACGGUGCCGUGGAUGCCACCAUCGACCAGCUCCUCCAGAUGAACCUGGAUGGCAGCGGCUGUGAGGACAGCUCGGACUCGGAGGACAGCAUUCCCCCUGAGAUCCUUGAGCGCACCCUGGAGCCAGACAGCUCGGAUGAGGAGCCUCCCCCAGUAUACUCCCCCCCAGCCUAUGAGAGCCAGGUGCUGAGCUGUCCACAUGCACCUCCCACCCCCCCACCCAGGACGGAUGUGCCGGGGCCUGGCCGCUACAGGAACUGGAACCCACCGCUGCUGGGCAACCUGCCUGAGGACUUCCUGCGCAUCCUACCCCAGCAAGCUGCCUGCACACAGGGCUCCUCUGGAUGCCGGCAGCCUGUGCCACGGGGCCAGGGCUCCCUGGAGCAGGAGAGGAGGUGGAAGCAGUACCUGGAGGACGAGCGGAUUGCGCUCUUCCUGCAGAACGAGGAGUUCAUGAAGGAGCUGCAAAGGAACCGGGACUUCCUCCUUGCCCUGGAGAGAGAUCGACUAAAAUACGAGUCAAAAAAAUCCAAGUCGACCAGUGCUGCUGUCAGCAAUGAUUUCUGUUUCUCCUCCGUAACACCAGGUGACGUAGCCACUCCUGGAGCCAGCGAGGCUGGCAGUGCUGUGUCUGACGAUGCCUUAUUCAGAGACAAACUGAAACACAUGGGAAAAUCAACGCGCAAGAAGCUGUUUGAACUCGCCAGAGCCUUCUCUGAGAAGACAAAGAUGAGGAAGUCAAAAAGAAAACACUUGUUGAAGCACCAGGUGCUGGGGACAGCUGCAUCCACAGCAAAUCUUCUUGAUGACGUCGAAGGACACUCGUGCGAUGAAGAUUUUCAAGCACGGCGGCAGCAGCUCCGGGAAGAGGAGGAGACGCUGAAGGAAGGGCAGUAAAUGGUCCCAGCGCUGGGGUUUAUUGCUGGCACAGAAUGUGCAAAGGGCUUAAUAAGAAGAUGGCUGAAAAAAGGAAAACAAACAAACACCCAACGACAAAUAACCCAAUUUUUUGGCUGUUCCCCCUCUGCUGUUGUACUCCUCUGAAGUACAAACGUUGAAGUGAGGCAGUUUUCUUUUCAGAGGUUUGAAAACAACUUCUCCUAUCUAGCAAAUCAGCCAAAAAAAAAAAGGAAAGGAAACAGCUGGCAGCUGGUGUGAGCUGUGGCAUUGGAGCUGGUGGGUCUGGGACUCAGGGAGGAGCCGUCCCUCCUGCGCGUGGGAUCCACAGAGUUCUGCCAGAAGAGUGCACAUGGGCUGUGCUGAGGGGAUGCCCCAGCUGCAGGAGCUGCCUGGCAGAGCAUCCCUGUGCAUAUCUGUGGUGAUCUGAUGUAAUUUUCCUCUGCGCACGCAGGAAAAGAAAACAAGAAAGAAACUAAAAACUGUCGUCUACUAUUGCUAGGAGUAAUAAGCAGAGAUUCAGAUCAGGUAAUAGUGAAAUAAUAUAAGUUGUUUAUAAAAGGAAAGGCCUUCUUUUCCAAGGCAUUUCCCUUUGCAUUAAACCUUUGCCUUUGGCAUCGCUCAAACUGCCUUGAAGUCGGACCCUCACUGCCUUGCUCCCUGUGGGGCAGCACCAAGGGCUGGAUCUGCACUGGUGCAGUGGCCGGGCCAGGACAUAUCCUGUUGGGUGCAGUGCUCCAGUAGUGUUUCUGGGGCCGGGCAGGGACAUCCCUUGCCAUUGAUGAGGUGGAGAUUUGGGGUUUGCAGCUGGGGCUGGCGGAGAUGUUUUUGAUACAAUGAGCCGGUGUGGGGCAGGAGAAGCUCUCCAAGCCUUGGGGAUCGUUUUUCCAGGAGAGUGAAGGGGCAGCUGGGAAGCAGCGCUUGGAUCUCUGCAGCAUCCUGAGAUGCUGUCAGGCUAAAAAUAAUUACGUAAACAAAUUCCUUCCUUGUGUAAGUAACGAGUGACGAGCACUAAGUCAGAAUUUGCUCCCGCCAGCACAUUUUCUUCUUCUUGAUCAGCAUAAUCUGUUUACUGCUCAGUCAGGAGGUGGCUGCAGACAUGCCUGUUCUGCUUUCUGGCUCCUGUGAACCAGCACAAAUGUUUUAAGAUUUGUGCUGCGAAGGUGGCAGAUGCAGAAUCUCAUCCACCAGACACGCACGCACUGCUGUCCCUGCCUCUCUGUGGGAUUGCUAACAAAGCCCACAUUGCUCUGGCUCCUGGCGGGCUCCUCCCAAAUCCUCCCUGCAUCCCCUUUGAAGUGGAUGCCAACGUUUUUCCCCACAGCCACAGUGCACCUGUUGAGUGCUGCCGCAGGGCUGAGUGAGGCAGGGACACCACCUGCCAUCAGUGCUGCCGUGGGCUGCUUGCGCCACGGUUGGAGCUCCUUGAAGGAGCUGCCCUCAAGUCUGAGCCCAACUUUGAUUCUGCUCCUUUUUAAGGAAGGGGCAAUGGUGUCCCCUUUGAAGUGGGGGCUGCAGCAGUGCCACACUGCACUGGACUAAUCCCCAAGGUGACUUUAGGUGGUGGGAACGGGGUGCAGGGAGGUACUGGGGAGGCACUGCUACUCUGUGUAGGGUCAGGAUCUGGAGAGGUGCGUGUCCCAUGUGGCACGGGGCAAGCAUGAAGCUGUGGCUUUGCUGCUGGAGCAGGAGCUGGGGGCUGCUAUCCCCAGCCUGAGGCUGGCUCUCGGAUAGCGGGAGGACACCGCUGCUCCCUCCCAGCCCAAAGCAGUGCUGUGUAGUUGGAAAAAAAAACAAGCUUGGAAUUGGAUCAGCUUGUAAACGUUCCAGUGCUUCUGAGCUACAAGGGCUUAACUCGCAGCAAAGUUUUCGUGCAUGCAGGAAGCACAGACAGGCGGUGCAGCGGGGCUCCUGUGGGCUGUGAGCUGCUGUCCCAGUGGCUGUGGCUGCUUUGGGGUCAGGGAAUGUGCUCCAAACAACGUGCCCUGUGCUGCGCAGCUCUGAGUGAUGUCACUCUGCGGCCAUUUUAAAAUACCUUGGAGGCACAAAACAUCGUUUCGAUGGACGAUGAAGAGUCGCUAUUUUAAUCUCCUUUAAAAAGACAGUGAAUCAGGUCUAAUGAGCAGAAAGGCCCCUACAACCAGCUCGGGAGCCAAAAUGCAUUUCUUGCAUAAAGCUGUACGAUUCUCAGUGACGUUUCUAUCACUUCUAUAUGAAAUGUUUUAAAAAGAACAACAACAAAAAAGAAGUCUGUGGCGUGUGUGAGUGUUGCUCUUUUAGAAUUUCCAUAAGUGAUUUUUUUUUCUUAAAAAUGUUUAAUAGUAAUUCAUAUAAUAAAGUCCUGUUGUACUCUUAA